UGGAGCCAACUUCAAAGGAUGGCAGCAAAGGGUGUUCUUUUGGCUUACCACUCUUGGUAUGCAGAAGUUCACUAACGAAGAUCCUCCUGUGCCCGCUGUUGAUAUGCCGGCCAAUGAAAAAUUUAUGAUUACUGAGGCAUGGACACAGGUAGAUUUUCUAUGCAAGGGCUACAUCCUAAGUGCUUUGGAUGAUGAUUUGUACAAUGUCUAUAAUGCUGUGAAAACUUCUAAAGAAUUAUGGGAUGCACUUGAGAAGAAGUACAAGACUGAAGACGCAUGCUUGAAAAAAUUUGUGGUUGCUAAGUUCCUAGACUAUAAAAUGAUAGAUAGCAGAACUGUUGGAACCCAAGUUCAAGAACUACAACUUAUUUUUCAUGACCUUAUUGCUGAAGGCAUGGUAGUUAAUGAAGCAUUUCAAGUGGCUGCGAUGAUAGAAAAAUUGCCUCCUUCGUGGAGAGAUUUCAAAAAUUAUCUAAAGCACAAGCGUAAGGAAAUGAAGUUGGAAGAUCUUGUGAUUCGUCUCAAGAUUGAGGAAGAUAACAAAACAGCAGAAAAGAAGUUGCGUGGAAAUUCAGCAAUUAUGAGAGCGAACAUCAUUCUUUUACUAACAGUUAUGUCUCUAGAUGAAGAGGAAAGCGAUCGUCCAGGGGCUUUUAUUUUUCCUUUCUCUUGGUGGAAGAUAGGUCAUUAG